AUGCUCUUAGACCAGGUUGGACUGAGAGUGAAUCUCGCUGACAUGAGAAUAGUGAUUAAUGGCUGAAACCCGAAAGUUGUUUUAUGUUUUAGUAAUGUUUUUUGUUGUUGUUUGGGUGGAAACACUCCGAUCCCCUAAAUCAUGUCAGCACUGCAGCCUUUUGAAACCGGGUUUCUGCUGAAGUGUCUGUCUCUGUGGCAACUUGAGUGACAGGGGAUGAUGGGCAGUCAUCGGGGAAACAAUGCAGACAGUCAAAUAUAAACAGCUCAUGUUUGUGGAGAGCAUGAGACCCAGAGGGCUUUUUGUGUGUGUGUUUCUAGGCCACGACAAGAUGGGUGACAUUUAGCCCUGAUGUCUCAGUGUGCCUCCCAAUGGAGAUGCCAAGAUUCUGACACUGUUUACAUUUGGGGAAACAUUUCAAGAAAUUAGGACUCCUGUCACAUGCCAGUAGCUAAACAGACAAUGCACUUUGUCAGAGCAUGCAUGUCUGGGAAAAGUGGUCGAUGGUGGGCCGCUCAAUCUCAUUCCUUUCGCUUUCUUUCUCUGAUUCCACUCUGUCAGUGCAGUGUCUGAGGAGCAAGAGGGACAUUCCAGAGGUUGCUCUCUCUCGCUCCCUGUCUUUCUCUUCCUCUGCUACCCCUUUUCCUCUGGACUCUUUCAUCGACUGCACAUUUCUUCCUCUAAUCUCCUCCCUUGCAUCUUCUCUACUUCCCUGCUUAUUGCCUCCCAAGGUUAGCGGCAUCAACAGAGCUAUGAGCAGGAAGAGGGAGCACCGUGUUCUUGUCAUGGUGGUCGCCAUGGUGUUGGUGUACCUGAUGUGCUGGAUGCCCUACGGGGUCUUGGCCUUGCUGGCCACCUUCGGACGCCCCGGCCUGGUCACCCCUGAGGUCAGCAUUGUGCCCUCGGUCUUGGCCAAGGCCAGCACGUUCAUCAACCCCGUUAUCUAUAUCUUCAUGAACAAGCAGGUAAGAUAG